AUGUUCGGCACAUUGCCUCACAAGAGUUUGUCCGUGAGAGAAGCAGGAGACGGUGUCAGAGCGCUACACAAAAAAGUUGAGAAAGAUCGCUACAAUCCUAUUGCCAACUUUUACCUCACAAUACAUACCUUUGUGAAGUUUGCAGCGGCGUUCAAGAAGUUGAAUGGCUAUAUUUUAAAUGUCCAUCGCACUGACGGUGUGUCAAUGUAAGUAUUGUUCUUUUAAAGCAAUUUAAAAUUAGUUAUAUUUGUAUCGUGUUUGUUAGUUAACUUUUACGGCGCCGCAAGACAAAGUCAAAGGACAAUGCCAUUUUUAUACGUCUAUAUAAUAUAUAUAGCUAUAGAGAGAGACGCAUUACGUGUCUGGACGAAUUUCAGCAAAUAUGUAUUGUCCAUCUCAUGUGAUCUGGUUAUAUGCGUAACACGAUGGGAUUUUUUCAUACAUUAGCCAAGGAAUUAUUUAUAGGAAUUUAUUUAAUUUUUUUUUACCCUGUUAAAAAAGGGAGAUUUGGGGAUAGUGCCAGUCUUUGCACCUACUUUUUUCUUUCUCUUUUGUGCGAUUUCGAAACUGAUUAACUUAAAAACGAUUUGGCAAAUCAAAAACUGCUUUAAUGCUCUAUAGACAGUUUUUUGUGUACGUUUCAACAAUACAACUUAUUUUUUCUGUGAGCUACCUUGGAAUUUUAAAAUUUCUAUCAGUAAUAGCAAUUUAUAUCAGUCAAAUGUCAGAAAUUCAAAAUUUUUAGCUAUCAGCGUUAAUGGACCUUAAUUUGUUUCCGUCCAAUUUCCAGGAAUUUCAGUUACAAUACUGAACUUUUAUAUGUUUUUUAUAUCAUUAUUACGAGUGUUCACCAAAAAUUUUGAAUAAAUAGGAUCAAUGGACCAAUCCGCAAUUAACCAAAAUUUUGAUCUUAACAAGUCUAGACAAAAUUUCAUCACAGCAUGAAAAAGCAUCACAAAAUUACAAUAUUUUGCAAUGAAACUUAUUACUAACAUUGUGAUGCUCUUUCAAGCUGUGAUGAAAUUUUUGUCUAGACUUGCUGAGUUCAAAAUUGUGGUUAAUUGGGGAUUGGUCCAUUCCUCCCGAGAUACAGCGGUCAUGAAAAAUAUAAGUGCUGAUUAUUUUCGAACGCCUUCAUGAACUGUUGUAUACAAAAUUUAGUUAAAGUGGAAGUCAGGUCUGUUCUGUUCUGCACAUCGGUUCAUCGUGAAGUUUUGAAUCCUGUUUGAAAGUUAUUUGAAAAUCGCCAGUGUAGUUUUCGUGGCUUUAAACUUAAUAAAACACUCCUGCUCGUUUAUUAAACAGUACAUACAUAUUGUAACUGAAAUUUCUGUAAAUUGGAUGAAAUCUGCAUAAGGCCCAUUUCACAGAUGCCUCCAUGUCUGAUAUUCAUACACAUACUGUCAAUAUGGUGCGUUCUUCACUAACUGCACACUUAUUGUAAAAGUGUACGCUUACCACUCCACAGCUGAAAUAUCGGACCUAGGUCUUUUUUGUUCAUACCGAGCCUGUAGGGCGAGGUUUGUACAAAAGACCGAGAUCCAAUAUUUCUCUGUUCAUACCAAGCAAGGGAGGUUAGUAAAAAAUUAUUAUAAUUAUGGCAUUUAUAGGCAUUUAUACUUGAAACAAACAAGGAGUGCAUGAUUUGGAAUACAUAUUAGUAGCGUGGUACACAUUUGGCAACCUUGUACCCAGGGUCUUUCCUCUUGGGGAGAAAAGACCCUGGUCACGUGAUCUGCUAAAAUCUAGCAGAUUUCUAAUUAACUAUCUUGGGUUCCUCAGUUUACAACAAUUAUACAAAAUACAAAUUAUAAAUUAAACUAUAAAAAUCGUGGAUUGUUAGAUUUUAGCAGAUCACGUGACCAGGGUCUUUUCUCACCAUAAAAACAAAUUUAAACGAAACCAUAAAAACAUGGAAUCUAGUUAAACACAGCACAUGACCAGGGUCUUUUCUCACCAUAAAAAUUAAUUUAACCAGAUACCAUGUUUUUAUAGUAUCCGGUUUGGAUUUUGCCAGAGCCCCGCUCAGUUAACCGCGUGUUGGAAGGGCUCUGGGUACGAUAAUGAUAUCGAAUAAAUCUCGGCUAAGGAGCCUAAGCUAUGACACGUUGACAAGGCACAGAGGUGAAAAUAUGCGACUCUAACAUUUUUUAUCGGACUCGUACUUGCUCACUUUUUAUCUAUUUGGCAUGAAAAUCAACAGUUAAAAGCCUGAUCUUUACGAAAAAAUCUUGUUCGUAUGCAGAGUAAUUCAGGUACAAUAGCGCGCUGAAAUGCGAUUACCUUUUUUUUACACACCCUGUAUUGUACAACUGCGUGAUUUUUGUGACUAUUGAUUUAUUAUUGUACAAUUUUUUUUCUGAAAAGUAACAUUCCUUUAAAAAGUUUGAGCUAAUUUAUGAUUUUCCCAAGAUAAAUGACACAUAAAAUUCGUAAACCUAGCAGAAAAUUAAAUGCCCUUGAAUUCACUAGAAAGUUUCUAAUGAUUUCAUUAGCUAAAAUCAAAAUGCAUAAAGCAUAAUUUAAAUAGUAUACCCCUUCUAUCUGACGAAGUCUUUCAAAUAAUUGGUUUAUAUUUCGGUUUAUAUUAUAAUAAUAAACUUAUUUUUAACACAGGAAAUGUUUUGUAUUGUGCAAUGAAAUUGAUUCAGCAAAGAAGUUCAAAGCUGCAAUCAAUCGAACCUUCAGUGAAAAAGGCAGUGUCUUUUGGCAAAGUUGCAGCGACGAGCAGUUUACUAGCUAUGCCAUGGCUAUGCUGCAUGAUUUCAUUUCAAAUAAUGGCACCGACCGUCGGGGCACUGUGAUCAUCGGAAGACAGGUUAACUUCAGGCUGGUGGAUGAUGAUGACGAAUUCAUCGACAAUGAUAGAGAGGAAUAUAUGGAGGAAGAUGACCCUCGUAAAAAACGAGAUGACUUCUACUCGUCAGUCUAUGUGCUAAAUGAGAGUACUCAGGUAAGUAAAGCCAGUAAACAAUAUAAGACAUUUCUAUAUACCUGUAAGCGUUGUCGUGGUUUCUUGUAAUAUUAUGUAAUAUCAGUUGCGCAUGCUCUUUGUAUCAAGAAUAUACAUCUAAGAAAGCUCCCGAGUCAUGACCAUGGGGACAAACACUAUGAUCAUUGAGCUACAAGAUCUCGUGUUACGUUUUGUACCAGUGAUAUUUCGUGCUAGUUCAUUGUAUGCAACUUGUGCACUGUUGUCUACAAGUCUUGGCAUGUCUUGUCUUUUUUUUUCAAAGGCAUUUCUAUGUGUGUGUUGUUGUGGUAGCUUGUAAUGUUAUUUGCUUGUAAUUUGGGAGUGUAGUAAUUGGGGUAACCUGUUGUACCUACCAAUUUUACCAAUUCUAGUGGUUUAAUAAAGUGAUUUAAAGAUUAAAGGUUACAUGAUCUAAAUAAACAAAAGCAUGUUGAAACUUGCAGAUAGCAGUAUGCAUACUAAUAUUUAUUUUUAUUUUUAACAUAGAUAAACCGUGAUAGAGUUAUACCAGAGGAGCAGUGGAAGUAUAUUUGGAUGGUUCCAUAUCUUCACCGAAUUCCUUCAGCGCAAACUGACAAGUUGGUGAAACAUUACUUGCAGGCCCACCCACAUCAAGUCCGUUUGGAUAUACCUGUGCAGGUGUUUGAUUGGCACGACUUCAUCGGCCAGGCAAAAUCCUUUUUCUCCAAGAAUUUCAUGCCUUUUAUGUUCUUUUUAAGUGGUGGUUUUGCAGCCUUUCACUGCAAACGGAUACUCCACAAUACUUGUAAGUGCAUGUGUGCUACAUAUUUUUAGACAGUGUCAGUACGACGGACAAAUAUGAUUUACCUUACAGGACGAUUGUCUUCUACUUGUUUUCCACAUAUAUAUUUUGAGUUAGAACUGGAGUUAAAAUAAUCCUGUUAGAUUUAUCAAUUUAUAAUAUUUAUUUAACAGAUUGUUGUCCUGUCACUACUGCUGUUGGUGAAACUGCAAGUGGAAAGUCGACAGCACUAAAAGUAACCAGGAAAUUAAUGGGGAUGCAGAUUGUCUCGCAUUCGUCGGGGCAAUUUGUCAUCUCCAAGCUGACACGGUGUUCGAUUCCUUUGUGCUGGGAUAACCCAACACACCCAUCUAUUUUAUGAACCCCUUUGGUUUCCGUUUUCGAAGGUCUCGGAAACCAGACAAAAGAACGAGGGAGCAAGAAACCGUUGACGUCAUUCGUCUUAACAGUUAAUUCCAAGCUCGAUGAUGAUUUGAGGUAUAGUUUUGUGUAACACUGCAUGCAAAUUAUAUUGAUUCAUUAUAUGCAAUUAAUCUCAUUACUAGAUUAACAAGAUGAUAUUGUGUUGAAAAAAACUUCCAUGCCCCAGAACGCCAUUUACCCCAACUUUAAAAGAAAUCGAUAUUCUCCUAUUGAUAUUUAAUAGAGAGCUUAAUUUAAGCAAGCGGCGUUUUUGACAACACAUACGCUGACUGGAACACAAUUGAGUUACGCCUUCAUUCGGCAGUUUUUUUUUCGGUUGGCGUCUGUGUUGUCAAAAACGUCGUUUGCUUAGGACCCGUUCACACGAAGCUAACAUGUUAGUCCCACAUCACCCAACAUUGUUGGACUCUAACGUUUGUGAGUUUACGUUAUCAAUCAUGUUUUAGUUCGCUACUCUGGUUUCUAUCAUUGAAUACAAAGCCCAUUCAACACUCCAGUCUAGUGUCUUCAUCAGGGAUCUAAGUCGCAAAGUGGCUUCUUAUAUACCCAUGCAUGGGAUGACCUUGUCGGCCAACAAGGUACAGAUAUUCUUUUGGCAAAUAAGCAGUGCUUAGACUGAAAUGCCGAAAUGGUGGGUUGUGAAUGCAAUUCGACUGGGUUUUGUAUUCAUUUAUAGAAACCAGAGCACUGCCACGAGCAAAAACAUGAUUGAUCAUGGACAUCAAGGUCUCUAAUACCCAAGACUACCCAAGAGUGCCCGGCCUGCUGAUCACAAUAAUGACUUGACAAUUAUAGAACUUAAGGGUAAGCGAGUGAAUUAUGCUCGGCAUUAAUGUGCAAGCUAAUUUGUUUUGUUUAUAUUAAUGCUAGAUCCUUUGAACGAACAACGCCAAUUUGGUUCAAUAAAUUGGCGAACAACCAAGAUGAAGAUGUUGGGAGCUUUCUGAAGGCAAGAAAAAAGAUCUUCAAAGCAGUUACGACACAGCUUGUUUGAUAUAAUUAAAAUGGGGGAAGAGAUAAAUAGAGAGAACCUGGCCGUUCAUAUUAAAUAUUUUAAAAAACAUCUGAGCGAGUUAUCACCCAGGCUUUCGGACAUCUACGCUGUCUAUAGGUUGUUGGCGCACAAGGUUAGUAAUCAGUAUACAUAGUUUUUGUGUCAAACCGGACAUAUUACACUUGAGCUUCGACUCAUUCUUAUAUAAAUUACAACAUUUCCCGAAAAUCAGGAAGUUUCACGAUCUAAGACUUAAGGAUGGUAAAUCCCAAAAAGCAGUAAAACCAAAUUCCGUAAAUAAAACUAUCACCUCAUCUAUCCAUCAAUUUCAACUAUCACCAUCAAUUCAAAUUGUAUAAAUGUGAUUGAUUAAACGUGAACUACCAUGUAGUAUGCAUAUAUUAUAUUAUAUCACUCCAUGCAUGCAAUAAACGUUUUUGACCAUUUAGCACGUAACUAAAAUAAAUUUGCAAAUGCAUUUUGGUAACUGUAAAAGGGAGGGGCGUGCGAAGAUAAGACCCUGGGAGGUUGUUUUGAUGAUCGUAGAACUGACUUCCUUUAGAUAUAUAAGGCAACAUUUUUUAGGGUCUUGUUUAUGUUGUCAAGAGUAGAACCUUUAAACAGUCAGGUGUUUUCGAUCCUUUUAUAUAGAUAAUCACAUUAGUUGAUGAUGAAGAUAUAUGUUCCCCCGCAAGUCUCGAUAAUUACUUGGAGACGGAAUUCUUUCCGUAUGUGAAAGCCAUUUAUGCCAUUAGUGUGCAAACAUUAACAAGUGUCGAAGACGUAUUCCGUCUCGUGAUGCAGGCUGUGGAGAAAUUGAACUUGACGAAGGAUGAUGUAAGUAUAUACAGUCAACCCUGCACGCACAGUGAAAUAUGGAAAUGGCUCUGCUAUUGCUGUUGUAAUAAACAAUGGAGUAUAUUUUUCCCGUAAGUGUAUUUCAGCUGCAAUAGUAAGCACGCAAUAGCAAAGUUAUUUUAAUUUUUAGCUGAAAUAGCCGAUAUUUUAUCCUUUCCUAUGUUACAACUACAGUAUAACUAUGAUUUAUUUCAAGGUUGGUCAGUGGAUGAGGCCCAAAGUGAAAUCCAAGAAGACCACCCAAAUGUUCAUCGUCUUCAUUUUACAUAAAGCCUUAGGUGUGAUCAAUGAUGGUAAACUGGCUGAUCCACCAAGUGACAGCAAUGUGCGCGACCUGGUUGCGCAAGUUAAUGGUCGAAGAGAGGAAUUCAAGUCCUCGUUCGUCGGUCAGCCGACUAAAGUUAGUUGUUUAAAGGUUCCUUGGCACAUCUUUGGCAAAGACUUACUGGACCAAAUUGACAAACGUAUGUAA